UGUCUCUCCAAUUCAUCCCAAUUAAGCUGUCAAUGGAGGAAAAAGGUAAAGGGGUAAAGCGCGGUUAUGGUGAUUCCACUGAAACUGCAGAAUUCGUCAUUUUGAACGAACCUGGGCUUGUCGCUGCUGUUGGGGGCAUCCCAGAGCACCUUAAAAUUGAGGGUGCGAUGAUGUUGCGGAUUCCCUUUCCCAUUUCCAAGUAUCGCAGAUAUCUGGCCGAAGAUCCUACUGAACGUCGAAGGGUUUUAUUUGAAGAUGUCAAGGACGCCUUGGAGCAACCACCCUUCAAAAAGCGGCGGAGGGCCUGUGCAAUUUGCAAGCGGCCGGAAGGGGUGGAGGAGGAUUUUAUAAUAGAAAUGAAUAUGACUCCACCUUUCCCUUUUGUCAUCAUCAACAGACCUGGAUUUGUCGCUGCUGUGGGAGGGAUCCCACAUGAGCUCAAAAUUAAUGAUGGGAUAUCAUUCUCGAUACCAUGUCCCGUGUUAAAGUAUCCUAAAGUGAUGCCUGAAGAUCCUACUGAAUGUCAGAAUAUUAUGUAUGACAGUUACAAGAAAGCCAUGGAAAGUGAUGACUUUAUAAAGGGUGAGAUUUUUAUGUAG